AUGUACAGAAUAGAUGUUUCAGAUUUUUAUGACUUCCAAGCAUUCAGAAAUAUGUGUCCAUUUCGAGACUAUAACAAAGCAGUCGAGAAUUUGAAACGUUUAGUCAUUUAUGUUGACUCUGCCCCAGAAUGUUAUGUCAUGAAAGAAUGGGAUGUUGUCUUUAACAAACCAAGAGCAACAAUAGUUUCAGAACAAGAAUGUAGACAGAAACUUAAGAAAAUAAAAGUUGUACAAGUUGGAAUGAAGAUGUUAGAUGCUUGGGAUAUCUUAUUGUCAAAGUUAGAAGAUUUUUCAGUUCGAGGUAUAAAGUUCUAUACACCUUCUCCAAACUUCUAUUCUAUCUUCACUGGAUAUAAAUACGAACAAGUAGAAUGGAAAGAAAAUGUUAUAGAAGCUUGGUUAGACCAUGUCAAAGAAAUUAUAUGCAAUGGAAACGAAAGAGUC